UUUUUGCUGCUGCGGCAGUUCAAGAAGUAGAAAAAUUAAAAGAUUCACCUGCUCCAUGUCCGCCUUUGGUGUCAUGGAACGCAUGUCCUGACCGAGCUGCCAAUUGCACGGCUGAUCAAACCUGCUCCGGGAAGAAGAUCUGCUGCGCCAGUUCCUGUGGGGAUGUCUGUGUCGACCCACUUCUAACAUCAUGUGAACAUUACCGAAAAUCGGCAGCCCGCCGAGCGAAAAGCUUAGGAACCACGUCGGUUCGGGUUCCUCGUUGUAAAGCUGACGGCGAAUGGGAACGCGUACAAUGCGGCCCUGGCGGUCAAGGCCCUUGCUGGUGCGUCGAUGAAGGAGGAGCUGAACUACCAGCGACCAGAGCACCAUCUAGGGAUCUGGUGAACUGUACCGUUGCGGAAGAACGGUGUCCAGCCCACUCGUGCAGGAUGCUUUGUCCGUUGGGAUUCGCUCUGGAUGAAGCUAGUGGAUGCCCGCGAUGCGAAUGCAGGGAUCCUUGCGCUGGUGUUCAAUGUCCAGGAAACCAGCAAUGCCGAUUGCAAGAUGUUGCUUGCAGGACGCAGCCUUGUCCACCCGUUCCAACUUGCAAACGUGCUCGUUCGUUGGAAGAGUUAUGUCCAGUUGGAUCACCAUUGUCUAUAGCAGAUACCAGAAGGCCUUUCUUGUGUGGAAAUGAUCCUGGUAAACCAGAUUGUCCACCAAUGUAUCGGUGUCUCGUACAAAGAGGAAAUGAAUAUGGAGUAUGUUGUCCAGCUUCACUCCACAUUCGUAAACCAGGUACAUGUCCAAAUGAUGAUUUGACACCGAUGAUGGCAGCAGCUGGACUUAUUCCUCACCAAGAAUGCACUUCCACUUGCCAACAUGACCUCCAAUGCCCUGGUGAAACUAAAUGUUGCCAAACCAGAGCUUGUGGCGGCCAAUGUAGACGCCCAGAAAAUGCUACAGCAUGCCACAGACAAAGAUUACUCUCAGAAGUUUUAGCAAUCGGAGAACGGGAAGGACGUGGGUAUAUUCCUCAAUGUGACCAAGAAACUGGUAUGUUCCUGCACAAACAAUGUUCUAGAAAUGGCUUAGUCUGCUGGUGUGUCCAUCCGCGUACUGGUGAUAAACUUAAGGGUACCAUGGGGUCAUCAAAGGAUGUCGAUUGUCCGGCGGAGGUGAUAGAACGGGCUUCUGGACGAAGUUUAGUGGAUGAUAGUAAAUGUGAUAAAAACAUAUGUGCUGCCGUUUGCGAAUAUGGAUUCAAAGACGAUGAAAAUGGUUGCCCAACUUGUGAAUGCGAGGAACCAUGCUCUGGAUACAAUUGUCCUGCAGGACAUUCUUGUACUGUUGCCAGAGAUGCUUCUUGUGAAAUGGGUGGUGGCGAAAGAUUGUGUGAAUCGGUGCCUGUUUGUCGACCUGAUGUUCUGUACAGCAAUCCUUGUACAAAUGGUGCACCUCUGACCUUGCAAAAUUCAUCCCAACCCGUCCAUUGUGACGAAGAAUCGAAAUGUCCUGCUGAUUUCAUGUGUACUUCAGUCCCACAAGAAAGUGAGCAGGUCUGCUGCCCCAUCGAGAAUACUGAUGUGGAAGUUAUUGCUGAUAAAUCGGAGGACCAACUUUCAGAAGCUACGGCUGAUGUUGACAGAGUGCAAACCAUGUGCGAAUAUCUGCGAGACUUUUCUGCGCGAAUGGAAGGUACAGUUUCAGGAUUGGAAUUAGCCUUGCCAGCCCCAACUUGUGAUCAGGAUGGCAGUUAUGCUCCAAUACAAUGCGAGAUUGCUAAUAACAGAACAUGCUGGUGUGUCGAUCGAUAUGGUACCGAGUUGCCAAAAACGCGAACAUCGGGCAAUACAACUCGUGAAUCAUGUGAAGCCCUAAGGGAGUCUGUUCCAUGUCUCGAAGUGAGUUGCAGAAUGGGUUGCGACUAUGGUUUUCUUCUGGACUCUGAAACAGGUUGUCCAACUUGUCAAUGCAGAGACCCAUGCGAUGGAGUCACGUGCAAGCCAGGAAACCAAUGCCAACCUGUCGAAGUCGCUUGUGUGGAUGGAUAUUGCCCUCCAGUUCCAGCAUGUUUACCAAGCAAACCUGGCCAAUGCCCAUUCCUCGUGCCACCUCCAACUGGAGCAGGCGAAGAUAUCUGCUCCGUUUCUUGUUCUUCUGAUGAUGAAUGUUCUGGUGACAAGAGAUGUUGUUCUACUGGAUGUGGCACCAGAUGCAUGCAGCCAGAGGUUAAAACUUAUUGCCAACACUUGCAGGCUGUGCAAAUGCACAGAGCUCAUGAAUCAGGAACGCCUGCCAGAAUGACGUAUAUUGCCCAAUGUGAUGAAAAUACAGGAGCUUUUAGACCAGUCCAAUGUGGUGCAGGAAACAGCUGUUGGUGUGUUGACGAACGAACUGGACAAGAAUUGCCGGAAUCCAGAACAAGAAAUGGACGAAACCAAAUUGCAAUGCUAUUACGAUUUUUGUUAUUCACAACAAUCCAUACAUUUGGAAAAAUACCAUCACGUUGUCCUGCUGUUUAUUGCGCAACUGAAUGUGAACACGGAUAUAAAAUAUCGGCCAGUGGUUGUCAAUCUUGUGAAUGUAAUGAUCCUUGCCAAGGUGUUCGUUGUGGACAACCGAAUGAAUCUUGCAGACAUGUAGAACUGACUUGCUCCGAUGGUCCUUGCCCACCAGUAGGAGUAUGUAUGCCUGCUCCAGACAACCCUUGCGAUGGCGGAGAACCUCUUCAACGAGGAGGCCGAGAAGUUCUUUGUGGACCUCCAAGGAUAGAUGCUUGUCCAUCCACCCACGAGUGCAGGAUUAGUCCUCUACAACAGAAGUCAGUGUGCUGUCCUAAACCAAGAGAAGUAUGUUUUGAGCCAGCUGUUCAUGAAGAAUGCGAUUUAAUUAGAUCUAACAACAUCACUCGAUGGCGAUUUAAUUCCAUAACAAAUAAAUGCGAAUCUUUCAUUUGGUCAGUAGAGUGUCCUCUCAAUCAUACAUUCGAAAGUGCUCAAGCAUGUAGAGACGUUUGUCCAGUAUUGACACAAUGCGAGCGGUUGGAAAAGAACGAACGUGCUGCUGCAAGAUAUGGGAAAGGAACGUUCCUUCCAAAAUGCGAUCCAGAAACAGGAGCUUGGGAACCAGCUCAAUGUCUUGGCGGCUUAGCAGGUUCCAAUCCAGAUCAAUCUAACUCAGCUGGUUUAUUGUGCUGGUGUGUGGAUCGGAAAGGGGUUCUUUUGAAAGGAAGUUUGACUCGUGGUGCCGAACCUCAAUGCAACUAUAGACGUGCUCGUGGCAGAUCGCAUUCAGGACCUUCUGGAUCGGUCGAUGAUGCUGUGCUGGAAGAAUUGCUUCGCCAAUUAACUUCAUUUAAUUUUGUGGAAAACAUAGAAGAAUCUAGAAGUUUUAAUUCACCACAAAAGUCUUUGAACCCGCAAAAUAAUAUUUUGAUACCACUCACAAAUAGACAGUUGGAUAUUACAAUAGAAGAAGAAAUAACCUCCAACUUGGAGAAAGACAAUAAUAUCAACAAUUCACAUAAGAAGAAAAUGCUCAUUCAACCCAAGCCAUCUAGCAGAACACGAUGCGAAGGUCUUCGAGAUUCCCACCAGGCCUCUUACCCAGUUGCUUGCGAUGCUUUUGGUGCCUUCAUGGCCACCCAAUGCAAUGGUGCCUUGUGCUGGUGCGUCGAUCAGGCUGGAAACCAAUUGCCAGGAACCAGAACCUUUGCACCAAAUGAACAAACUUGUGUCCCCACACCUAUUCAAUCAGUGGAAGUCGUCCUGGGAGUUUCAAGCGAUUUAGAUCAAGAUGAGAUUCCAGAAUCUCUGGCUAACGAACUGGAUUCAUUAGUACGAACACUUGGUGGAUCAGUUAGAAUGCACCAGGAACAAUUGGCGAGGAGUACACCAGGACCAAUGUCAGUUAGAUUCCAUAUUGAAGGGGAAAACAAAGUUGAUGUAGCCUAUAGGCUGGAAGAACUGGUGAAGAACCAACAAUUAUCUCUAAUUGGCGAUAAACCAUUGUCAGUGGACAUGACCCGAACUAGGUUUAUGCACAGAAUUGCUGAUAUGCCAAUUGCAGCAGAAAGUUUAACGUCACCUCCAAGAAUUUUUCAACAACUUAGUUCUACAACAUCAGAAGUGAGUUCCUCGUCAUCCCUCGAUGGUGUUACACCCCUGCAAACGGCCGUUUUCGUUUUAGCAACUGCAUCGGCAUUUUUGGUGGGAGUGUUUGUUGUGUUUGUCAUGCUGCACAAAGGACAGAAAGCCAAAAACUUCGAAAACUACCAGAAUAAAGCAGAGCUGGGCGAUAGGUUUUUGGCAUCUGGCCCUUUGUAUACGAUCAACUCAGCUGAACUCAAGACGGAGACGCACUGAAAUGUAAACACUUUUGGUCUUCGUUAUUCGAAAAUAAAUAAAAUCGUGGGACAUUAUAAACAAUUCGAAAUUAUUUUGAAUAUUUAAAAAGAUGUGAUGUAUUCUUACUAGUACAGUAAUUGUUAAGAUUGAUCUAAAAUUUUAUAAACUAAUUGAAAAAGUUUAAAAAUGUUAUAGUAUUUUUUUAUUUAUUCCAGUCAAAAUUUAAAAAUGGUGUUGAUUUCAGUCAUAAAUCCUUGGGAAUACUGG